AUGCACGAAGCCGAUAUGUGGAAUAGAGCGUCCUUUUUAACUCGACUUGUCGCAUCGUCAGUGCGGGUCUCCGAAGCGGCAGGAAGCAUGAUUAAAAAUGUCAUGGCUGGUGGCGAUUUGAAAAUUGUCGAUAAAAGCAUGGACGGUGAACCUGCUGACCUGCAGACAGAGGCUGAUCGCCGUGCGCAGUUCCUCAUAGUGAAAUCUCUCACUGAACGAUUUGGGGAUAUAAAUGUCAUUGGAGAAGAAGAUGUCACUUCAGAGUGUCACUGUGUGGAAAACACUUUCUCUUCUGACGUGCUUCAGCUGGAAGAUAAAAUGAACCAGGAUUUAAAGUCAAUUAAAGCUGAAGAUGUAGUCGUCUGGGUAGAUCCUCUGGAUGGCACCUCGGAGGUAGCAGUUGCAGUGAAAAACAAAAACGCAGCCUUGCUCGAGCAAGUCACAGUACUGAUUGGUAUUGCACAUCGUGGUCGACCGGUUGCUGGAGUAAUUCAUCAGCCUUACCAUGGAGAUGCUGGAAGAACCAUAUGGGCAAUCCAGGGAUGUGGUGUUCACGGUAUUGUGCCCGCAUCAGUUCAAAGUGCACGAGUUGUGGUAACUACGAGGAGUCAUUUGAACCAGAACGUUCUGGACGCACUCAACGCGUUAAAGGAGAAAGGCUUAGCGAGUAGCGUGGAAAAGUUUGGAGGAGCAGGCUUUAAGGUACUAAAAAUACUAGAAGGAUGCGCUGCCUACGUCUUCGCUAGCUCAGGAUGUAAAAAGUGGGACACUUGUGCUGCUGAAGCUGUUCUAAGCGCUGCGGGAGGUCGACUUACUGACAUUUCUGGCAGACACUUAUGUUAUGAAGCUAGUAUUCAACGAAACAACACAGGUGGAGUACUCGCCUCCGCUCCAUGGGUGAAUCAUGAGGAAUACGUCAAUUCAAUACCACAAUCACUGAAAGAUCAGUUACCAGAAGUCGCAGCGAAAAGCUAG